AGUCUAUAGCCGGUCAACGUCGGACAACUUAGCAAAACUGAGGGUCUUAUUCGAUUAGUGCAUGGAACUUAAUCCAGUGUUGCUUGCUGUUGGGGUAGGACGCUAAUCGACUAGUAGAACAUUUCGUACGUUGCAUGUGCAGGUGGAGAUCAGCUGUUCAGUGAAUGUCCGCGUGUGUAUUGUAUCCGUAAUUUGUGUUUGAUUGUGUUCUCGGAGAGAUGAAGAAACUUCGGACGAUAACGAUUGUGAUACAGCGCGUGUCGAUUACGUUGUCGGUGUUCUGGGCUGCCAUGGUGGUUAUUCAGUUAACGUCGAUAACUCCAAAGGCAAUCCUCAGUCCUUGUGAACGAACCUGUAAUCGAGCAGAGUGGCCUCGAAUAUGCCGCUACCGUUUCGUUGUGGAGAAACGUACCUUCAUCAAGUCCUCAGUGGAUCAUAAAAGUAUAAUUAGCGACGAUGAACCGGCUGUUGGCGUCGGUGCCGGGCAGUUUGAUGGCAGUGCUGGGAACCGCCACCACUACCUUGUCAACGGAAAGCACACCGGACCAACGCUGAACGUGUGCGAGAAUGAUUUUAUAGUGAUUGACGUUGAAAAUCGCAUCCCGGGCCAAAGUAUUUCGAUACACUGGACCGGCCAGAGUCAACGCCGUACACCCUUCAUGGAUGGGGUACCGAUGAUUACACAAUGUCCGAUUACCAGCUUCACCAUAUUCCAGUACAAAUUCCAAGCGGAUCGCGUCGGAACGCACCUAUAUCAUGGUUUCUCCAGCGAAGAACGGAAUCUCGGUCUGGUUGGUGCUCUGCUGGUUCAUUCAGUAUACGAACAAACCAAACAUCCCUUGACAAGAAAUCGGGAAGAAGAUAUUGUGUGGAUAAUUUCCGAAACGAAUGGAAACAUUUUGUUCAACGGCAGAAGGAGGAUGGUUCAGUACGUUAAGCCUGGCGCAAGGUAUCGAUUGCGAGUUGCUUACAUGGCACCUGCCGGGCGACAGGAUUGCGAACGGUGGUUGGAGAUUGAGGAUCAUCGGCUUACGGUGAUUGCGGUAGAUGGAAAUUUAAUGGAGCCCCUUUUGGUGGAACGUAUUGCACUUUCCGAUGGCGGUCGCGUGGAUUUCAUUAUACAAACCACAGGAAUUGCGCGGGAUUACGUGAUUCGUGUAGUCGCUGGUGAAAAUAAAGCCAAUGGUAGCUGCGGGAUCCUAUCUCAGCGGUUUCAGCAGCACGGAAAGCAUGCGUUGGCUUCAAUGUUCGUGUUCCGGUUGAAAUAUGUGGGACCGGGAACAGCUGCACAACGUCUGCUCGAAAAUGCUAAUGAUGCUCUAGCAACUGCCGCAAUAUUAUCGGAGGAAGCAGUCUUGACUGGACAGCAAAAACAACAACAACAACAGCGACGGCAGCUCCGAUUGGGAUUCAACUCGGGUCAGACGCUUUGUGAUGAAGACUUUCCGGUGGAUCCUUUCCGGAGGCAACAACGUUUGGAGCAGCAGGUCUGCCUACUCGACGCCAGAGCCAACUAUGCUGAUGGCGUCGGUGGAACAAUGGAAAAUUUUCCGCUGGCUUUGCGUGAUGUUGACAGGCAUAUUAAGCUGGUGCUUUCCAAGCGGAAAGUGGAACGGGAAAUGCUAGGAGAUCAGUUCCAUGAAAUCUCCUAUUCUGUCAACGGGUUCAGUUUCAUCUUUCCCUCGGUCCUGAUGCUACCGAACCUUGCGAACAGCGAGCUAAAACCACAUCUAUGCAGCAACAGUAGUGGCCACCGACAGGUGCCAAGAAAGUGUCACCAACAGGCGGACGAACAGUGCGAAUGUGUUCACGUUGAGCAUAUCGAAGCAGGUCAUCGAGUGGAAUUGGUUUUAAUUAACGAAGAUCAGGACUCGGACCAUUCCUAUCAUCUGCACGGACAUCGGUUCUUUCUACUUGCGGCGACUCGAUGUGAUAAAGGUUGCGCGAGAAAGUUGGAUACGAUUCGAAGAAAUUUCGACCGUCCGCUACAACGAGACACGAUUAAAAUUGCUAGAAGCUCGCUGGUGGUGCUGCGGUUCAUUGCCGGCAAUGCUGGGCUGUGGAUGCUCCGAGACUUGGGCGCCCAGCCGGGUUGGUCUCGGGGACUUGAUGUGUUGCUCAGCGUGGGCGGUGCAAUCGAUUUUCCGGAGAAUUUUCCUAGCUGCAGGAAUUUCAUAGGACCAAAGUAUUUUCUAAUUUAAAAUAU